AUGUCUCGUCGUCUGCUCUCCGCCAUCGCCCUUGCGUCCACUCUCCCCACCGCCCUGGCCUGGGGAGCCAUGGGCCACGAGACCGUCGCCUACGUAGCGACCAACUUCGUCGCCUCGUCGACCAAGACGUACUUCCAGUCGCUCCUGGGUGACACGUCGACCGACUACCUAGCCUCAGUGGCCUCGUGGGCCGACUCGUACCGGUACACGACGGCGGGCAAGUUCUCGGCGCCGUACCACUACAUCGACGCCAACGACAGCCCGCCGUCGAGCUGCAGCGUCAGCGUCUCGCGCGACUGCGGCAGCGCCGGGUGCAUCGUGACCGCCAUCGCCAACUACACGAGCCAGCUGCUCAGCUCGAGCGUCAGCACCGCCAACAAGCAGAUCGCCGCCAAGAUGGUCGUCCACUUCCUCGGCGACGUCGGCCAGCCGCUGCACUGCGAGGCGCUCGACGUCGGCGGCAACGACAUCGACGUCACGUUCGGCAGCGACGACACCAACCUGCACGCGGUCUGGGACACGAACAUCCCCGAGAAGAUCGCGGGCGGCUCCUCGCAGACGACGGCCAAGAGCUGGGCCACGACCUUGACAACCGCCAUCAACUCAGGGACAUACAAGUCCUCAGCAGCCGGCUGGGUGAGCGGGCUCAGCAUCACAGAUGCGCAGAACAGCGCGCUCAAGUGGGCACAAGAAGCGAACGCCUAUGUCUGCUCCACGGUGCUCGCAAAGGGCAUCACGUACGUCGAGAGCACAGACUUGAGCGGCAGCUACUACACGACGGCCACCCCCGUGGUAUCGCUGCAGAUUGCAAAACAAGGGUACAGACUCGCAAAAUGGCUCGAUGCAAUUGCGGCGGCAGCUUAA